GACCCCGAAGACGUCUCCUUCCGUCGCAGCCCCUCAAAUCCCUCUUUUAGUCUGGCACCUGCAACGUUGAAACCCUCGGCAUCUGUAGAGGCUCUUGGUGGUCGUCAUCGCAACUUGAACUCCACAGAGGACCUCGUAACGGCUAGCACCUCCGUUACCGGUCUCGCCCGCACCCCUUCUCCUCUCGCCUCCCCGCGACCCGUCUCCUCGGCUACGUGGGACUUUCCUUUCGUAGUGAAACCAUCAUGUCGAAGUGCUGCCUGCCCUCUCGUGGUGUUUAUCAAUCCAAAAGCUGGUGGCAAUCAGGGUGUAAGGCUGCUGAAAAAGUUCCAGGGUCUUUUGAAUCCACGACAGGUCUUCAGUCUCACCGAGGGAGGCCCGAGAUUGGGAUUGGAGCUGUUUGGUCGUCUACCAAAUGUUCGCUUACUUGUCUGCGGUGGCGACGGAACUGUGGGAUGGAUUUUAUCCGAAAUUGACUCUCUUGGCCUCCACCCGACACCUCCUGUUGCUAUUCUUCCAUUAGGCACUGGAAAUGAUCUGGCUAGAACCCUUCAAUGGGGUCCGGGAUAUGCAGAAGAACCGUUGCAGAAGAUUCUAACCUCAGUUGAAGAAGGUCGCGUUGUCCUGCUUGACCGUUGGAACAUUAAAAGUCGUCCCCUCACACCAUCCGACUCCAACGUCGAGGACGACAGCGAGAUGUCCUCUUUGAGUGGAGGUGGCGGACUACAAAUGUCGGAUAAGUUGCCAUUAAAUGUGAUGAACAACUACUUCUCCCUCGGUGCUGAUGCCGCCACCGCAUUGGAGUUCCAUGAAUCUCGAGAGGCCAAUCCGGACAAAUUCAACAGCCGAUUGAAGAAUAAGAUAUUCUACGCUGGGGUUGGAGGAAUGGAUUUGAUACGCCGAUCGUGGCGAGACCUGUCCGACUAUGUCACCCUUGAGUGCGAUGGAGUGGACAUGAGCGAUAAGUUGAAGGAGCUGCGACCUCACGUCCUGCUCUUUCUGAACAUUCCAAAGUACAGUGCUGGAACUGUUCCAUGGGGUCACUCUUCUGACCCAGACCAGCAGCAAAGGAUAGACGAUAAGAAAUUGGAAGUCAUUGGUCUGACUACGGCCACGCUUGCUACUUUGCAAAUGGGUGGCCACGGUGAUCGAAUUUGUCAAUGUUCCGAGGCGCAUCUGGUCACUAUGAAGACCAUUCCAAUGCAAAUAGACGGCGAGCCAUGUCGACUCGGACCCUCAAUUAUCGACGUUCAGUUGUGUAAUCAGGUUUAUGUUGUGCAGAAGACGCGUCGAGUCGAAGGCAGUUCUCCAGCUCAUGCUAACGGUCGUCUUGUGAAGAUUUACAUCAUCUAUCCCGACCACAACGAAGCUCCCGAAACACUUGAGCAUUUGUGUAAAACUGCUCAACACUUUGCCAGUCUUCGAAUAGGCGCCUACACGGACCUCAAUGCAGUGCGUCGUCAGAUAAAGCAUUCCCGAAAUCCGCUUAGUUCCAGCGGUGAUGAUGUCCCUCUUCCCGACAAAUGGAUAUUUUUGGACAUGACCGCCAUCAAUGGUCAGGUGUACGGCAUUGACCCACACAUGGAAUCGGCGCAUUUUAUAACGGACAUUUUGUCAAAUGAUAACGAAUUGUUUUUGAUCAGUCAGGAUGGGAAAUACGAGAAGCGUCUCAAUGUUGCACGAUUCAUUCAAUCAGAAGAGACUUCGCGAAAAUCAUCACAAAGUUCGCAAAUUCCUUGGGACAUUUGCUGUCCUAUGGACGCAAAGGAAGGCCACGAAUACCAGGAGCCGCAGAUUUUGCUUCACAGGUCACUUUCUUCGAAACUUCAACCAAGUGAAGUCUGCAAGAAGGUCAGUUUCACUGCGCACUUGGGCCCUUCCUACUCUUGCCCCAACCUCAACGAUUCAUUUCUGGAGGACCUCAGUAGUGUCUACUCGAAGGUUGAUUAUCGCGACGACGAAGGCACCCCAGACGACGUUGAUAACGACGACACUAACACCACUUCCUCCAUUGCCUCCACCCAACACGAAUGUUUUCCCGAUUGGCGACAUUGGCGUCGAGUGCCUCCAAAAAUCUUAGUCUCUCUAGCGACCUCCAAACUUGUCAAGGAGAGUGGUGUUGGUGUAGCGCCAAAUCCUGUUCAGUCAUUGAACAACUUGAUUUCGGCAACUGAAACACCGCCGGACAGGAGAAACGUUCCAUUGGCGAAAAUCUCUGUAACCAGUGAUCCGGGAUUCGCUCUGAAUCUUCAUGGUCUUGUUAAGAACAAACUUCAGGCGUAUUACUUAUCUGCUUGCCGGUCUGGACAUAUUCUGGACGUGCAAAACGCAUUGGAGGCUGGAAUUUCACCAAUGACAAUUGACCGUACUACUGGAAAAUCUGGCCUCCAUCAUGCAGCCAAAUUUGGGCGACUUAACGUCGUCCAAUACCUCAUUGCUAACGCUCCCAAAGAAUUACUGGAACUACAGGACUAUAGAAGAAAGCAGACCGCAUUGCAUAAGGCAGCGGCGAGUAAACGUCGACGAAUUUGCGAGGUUCUUGUUCGGGCUGGAGCUUGCGCUGGUUGUGAAGAUGUCAAUGGAGACACACCCAGUGCCCUUGCUCUCUUCGCUGCUGACAAAAAACUGGCACACUUUCUGCAAAGGGAGGAGCUAAUGCAGCUAAUCAGACGAAAUAAUGAGGAGCCCCCUCCUUCCAGUGCCAAAAUGGUAUCCCUUAGCAAUCUCGUGACAACCCUUCCACCUCCACCGUGA